AUGUCUGGAAAAGUACCAUCAAGCAAGUCCCAUGCUGCAAAGAAAACAGCAGGGAAAACACUCGGCGUACGCUACAGGAGAAAGAAACGUGUAGAGAGCUUCUCACUCUACAUUUACAAGGUUCUUAAACAAGUGCACCCGGAAACAGGAGUAAGCAAGAAGAGUAUGAGUAUUAUGAACUCAUUUAUCAACGACGUCUUCGACCGCCUUGCCCUCGAGGCAACACGCCUCAUCAGAUACAACAAGAAGAGCACGCUGAGCUCAAGAGAAGUUCAAACGGCAGUCAGGUUGUUGUUGCCAGGAGAACUGUCGAAACAUGCCGUAUCCGAGGGAACCAAGGCAGUUACCAAGUAUACAACUUCUGGCGUUUAA